AUGUCUUUCCCAUCUCCCACAAAGACCUACCACCAAAAGCCCUACGCGGCCAUCUCCCCAACCCGCCCCGAACUCUCAACUCGCGGCAAGCACGCCUUCAUCUCCGGCGGUGGUGCAGGCAUCGGCGCCUCCAUCGCAUUCUCACUUGCGCAGUCCGGGAUCACCACUCUCGGCCUCCUCGGCCGCUCUCAAGCCUCCCUUAAAUCAACCAAGUCCGCCAUCGAAGCCCUGAACCCCUCGGUCACGGUACACCUCUACACCGCCGACGUCACCGACGCAGAAGCAACCACUUCCGCCCUCCAGACCUUCUCCGCGUCCAUCGGCGGUAAGAUCGACAUCCUCAUCGCCAACGCAGGCUACAUGUCCGACCUUAAGACCAUCACGGACUCGGACCCCGACGACUGGUGGCGCGCCUUCGAGGUCACCGUUCGCGGCAACUUCAACCUCCUCCGCGCCUUCCAGCCCCUCGCCGCCGCGGACGCCAGCGUGAUCCACAUCUCGACCGCCGCCAUCCACCUGCCCUACAUGUUCGGCUUCUCGUCCUACCGCGCCUCCAAGAGCGCCGCGACCAAGAUGUUCGAGUACUUCCGCGACGAGAACCCCGGCUUCUUCGUCCUCCAGGUGCAUCCCGGUCUGAUCGGGGGCACGGUGAUGUCGGAGAAGUUCGCGCCGGCUGUCAAGGAUCUCGGGCUGGUGUAUGAUGAUAUCAAGUUGUCCGGGGAUUUCGUGGUUUGGGCUUUGAGUGACGAGGCCAGGUUCUUGGAUGGAAGGUUUGUGCAUGCGAACUGGGAUGUCGAGGAGUUGAAGGCGUUGAAGGGUGACGUGGAGAAGGAUGCGAGCAAGUUCACCAUUGGGCUUCAAGGCUGGUUUUGA